AUGCUAUAUCAUAAUGAUAUCAAACUAAUACACAGAAACCCAGGCCGCGCCGACUCUCUAUCCGAAACGCCCAUCCAAACCGCGCGCCGCGAAGCAAAAGAAGAAAUCGGCCUCCCCGAACACGACGAGCACCUACCUCGGCCCUUCACGGUCGAGCAUCUCUGUGAGUUCCCAGCCAACCUAGCGCGAACGGAACUAGUCGUUCGGCCAUGUGUGGCGCUACUGCAUUCAUUUGAUGAGCGGACUGGUGAGAAUGCCGAUCCCGAGGUCUCGCUGAUCCCGAGGCUGGAUCCGCGCGAAGUCGCGGCUGUGUUUACGGCGCCGUUUCGUAAUUUCUUGAGCUGUAGGGAUAUGGAGGACUGGGGUGAUGGGGAUCCGACGGAUUGGUAUAAGGGGGCUUGGACGGAGUGGCAUCAGGAGGAUUGGAGGAUGCAUCAAUUUUUCGUCCCGGUGCGGCCUAAAGAGGUGGUUAAGCCGAAGACAAGGACAGAAGAACAGAAAGAGGCGGUUAGUCGGUUGGAGGAGCAGGAGAAGGCCUCUCAAGUUACUCGGUACCGGGUGUUUGGGAUGACGGCGCGGAUGUUGGUUGAUGUGGCGCGGGUCGCGUACGCCGAAGAGCCCGAAUUUGAGCACAAUAGCCACUUUGGGGAUGAGGCGAUCAUUGAGAAGUUGCGGAAGAUGGGCCGGUUAAGUCCGAUCCGGAGGACAGGGGAUCAGUUGACGAGGCGGGAUAUGGAGAUGGCGGCUAAACUUAGUUGA